AUAUGUGACCUGGCUAGAGUUUUGAGGAGGGAUUUGAAUCAGGUGAGGAAGUGCCUUGCUGAACAGGUUUUGAGAGGCCCUCCAGGCAUGGAGAAUGCCCUGGAAGAAGCGUGGAGGCAGAAGGAGGAAAUGAGGGGAUCAUCAAACAGGAGGCAGCAUUGGCCCAAUGUAGGGGACCGGGAAACUCAGAAAGAGACAAGGUCAGAGGCAUAGACUGGGCUGAGGAGUCGUGAAUGCAAGGACAGGGAGCUCUGUUCUUCAUACCCUGUGCAAAGGGGAGCUGGUGGAAGGACUUGAAGAGGAGGGAUACUUCCUACUGGAGAAGAGGAGGUUGCAGUAUGUAAAGCCUAAAAAAAGAGAAAUUACACUACAGCCAGGCUCACUCAGCAUUUCUGAAAAGUGUACGGGCUGGUCCUCUGUCAGUUCUGAUACAUUCCUGGAGUUUCUAAUCAGCCUAAAUGGCCCAUUCCCUGUUGCUUCGCUGGAUCGUGCUACAGCUGUAUAUAGCACACGGUGUGUCUGACACGACAGUGAGAGCGAAGGUGGGGCAGUCCGUCAAGCUACCCUGCACCUACAGCGUUAGACAAGAGCGUGACCUCAAUGUCAUGUGCUGGGGCCGGGGGAUCUGUCCGUCAUCUAAAUGCAGCAGUGAAAUUGUUCGCACUGAUGGGCAGAAAGUGAUAUCUAAACAGUCUGGCAGAUACCAACUACAGGGUCCUAUCACCAGAGGGGAUGUGUCUCUGACUAUAAGCAAUGUGAACCACGAAGACAGAGGGGCAUACUGUUGCCGCAUAGAGAUCCCUGGAUGGUUCAACGAUAUGAAACGAAACCUGUAUUUGCAGGUUUACAGAGCACACACUACUCCCAAAAAGACAACCACAACUGCCCUCCCAACACCCACAACUCCGCCCCUGAUAACCAGUAUUACACUCCCAACAUCCACUACUCCCGCAACGACAACCACAACUGCACUCCCAACAACCUUUCCUUCCCUGACAACCAUUUUUCAGACAGCUUCUGUGUGCACUGAAGAUGAUGAUUUCAAUUUUUUCACAACAGAACAUGUUCUCCCUACUGCAGAAUCACCAACUACAGUUCUGAUCUCCGAGAGGACUGAAAAUGUUGAUUCUGCUUUCAUUACAGAAGGUGGUGUCCUCAGUACAGGGACAGGUCCCCCGGUUACAGUCCAGACAGUCCCUGAGGUGAGUGAAGUGAAUGCUAUUUCUGACGCUACAUUUCCCUUGACACCUGCAGGAGGCUCGGUGAAAGAGGGACUCGAUGAAGAGACUUCAACAGAUUCAAAACUCUGGUCAGAGGAAAGUGUAGAUAAUCCAACACAGCACCUACAGAAUGAAAUUCCAACAGUAACCAUCAGUGUGGUAGUGACAGUCAUUCUUCUCUUCACAUUCCUGCUCGUAGUGUUUUUGACAUAUAAACGCUCGGGGAAGUAUCGGCUGCUUAUGAGAAAAAGCUCAGACUUAUCUGGAGAACAAAUUCCCAAUGGAGUGGAAGAAGAGAAUACCCUUUUCACUCUGCAGCAGAUACCUGACAGCCAUUCAGUAUCACAGGGAACAUGUCACGAUCCUGUGGAAUCCAGCAUCUAAAUGAGGCUCUUUCAUGCUAGGCUGGAAAAUAAGGAUUAAUUCCUUGCUAACCCUGGAAAUAAUGAUGGGUACAAACCAAAACCCAGAUCCAAACACCUGAACUGUGGGGAGUUUAAAACCUAGAAGCAGAUUUUACUCAAAGGUUUUUAGGCAUCUAACUUCCAGGGGAUCCCCUGAGGAUCUGGGCCUUUUCCUCUAGAGCCAUGUUUAAAACUUCUGGAUAAAGUGGCCUCUAUUAGAAGAUAUUUUACCCAUCGCUUGCAUCUCAGAAUUCUUAGUCUCUUAAACCCCAACCCUGGAACUGCUUGCUUAUGAGUAACUUCAAAGCACAUGAGUAAUCUUGCUGAAGUCAACUGGACUACACAUAUCCUUAGGAUCUGAGCCUUAUUUACUAAUAACAGCAGGGGCGCUGAAACAAUUUGUAUCGUGAGGGUGCUCAGAGCCAUUGAACCAAACUGUAAACCCUGUAUGUGAUGGAAACCACUUGAAGCCAGGGGGUGCUGUAUUACCGCUGGAAUAGAUUUUACCUUUCCCUAUAUUCUCCUAACCCGACUGCCUGAAUACAUGCUGUGGCAUGAGCAAUAAUAAAGAGAAGAACUAACCUGGAUGAUUAAUAGUUUUGCAAUGUCAAAAACCCAAAACAUUAACUCUCAUUCCUUUUGCAGAAUCAAAGAAAAAUUAAGAGAUGAGGUGGCUCAUGGUCUAAA